UAAGUGUUGGUGAGGGAAAAAGGUUAAUAAUAUCAGCAUCUCCAAGAGAGAGAGAGAGAGAGAGAGAGAGAGAGAUUAUUAGCAUCUCCGAAACACAGAGAGAGAUGAUCACUUGGUAGAGAGAGAAGAGAAAAUCGGCAUCUCUGUGGAGUGUUUCUUCUGGUUCUAGAGAGAGAGAGAGUAAUAUGGCGGGCGGUGGGUUAAGAGGAGGAUCGUCAAUGGGUGGGUUGCAAUUGGAGGGAGGACAACAGCGAGCAGUCUACACAACCCCUUCUCCCUUCUCUGAAUCCAUCAUCGCUGUCGCCGGGGCAACAGGCGUCGCACCAUUGCACCUCUCUAACCUCUUCCUCCGCUUUCUCUCUCUCUUUCUGUCUCUCCUCUCCGCCCUCAUCCUCACUGCUCCACGCUCUCCCCACCAUUCCUCCUCCAACUACUUCCAAUAUCGGUAUAGCGUUGGUGUGUGCAUGGUGGCCUCCUUCUACUCUUUAACGCAACUGGUCAAAGGAAUAUGGGACAUCGCUUCAAUAAGCAUCCUCAUACCAGACGCCAUAUAUGACUGCCUCACCUUUCCCUUAGACCAGUUGGUUUGCUACCUACUCAUCUCUUCCUCCUCGGCGGCAAUGCCGGCAACCAUAGACGAGAACGAUAGGGGAACUAUGCUCGGCAAGCUGGCAACUGCUUCUCUGACCAUGUCCUUUUUGGCUUUCUUAUCCAUGGCCAUCUUGGCCAUCCUCUCAGGUUAUAAGCUAUACAAGAGAUAUGCGUGGUGACCUCUUCUCUUUUGUAAUCUUGUAAAUCAGUGGAUUGAUGUAUACCACCAAUUUGGUUUAACCUUGUGUUUGGUGACAAACCCUGUCACAUCUUUUGAAAGCUAAAAGAAGCAGGAUGUUACAACUUUUAAUCUAUGAGAACUUAGGUCUUUUU